CUCUUGCGCGCCCUCUUCCUCCUCCCUCCUUUCCCCUUCCUUCCUCCCUCCCCCCUCCCUCCCUCCCUGCCUGGCCCUGGCACCUCACCGGGCAGCCGCCAAUGAGGAAGCCCCGCGCUUGGCGCUAGAGGCGGCCUGGGAAGCGGAGGAGGAGGAGGAGGAGGCAGAGGGAAAGCGGAGGCGGACGGGGAAAGCCGCCCUCUUUCGCCUCCUCCUCCAGGGCGCUCUCCUCUCUCCUCUCCUCUCGGAGCAUCUUGGGCCAUCGGACGGGAAGAUCGGCUCUCUCGGGGCUCCUGAUGCAAGCUGACCUAGCUUUGUGUUUCCAGCAUUAUGCUGAAGGGCUGCAGUGCAGUGGGAAAAGAAAGGGGAGAAUUGAGCUGAAUUCCUUGAACUGAGAGCUCUGAAGAUGUGAUCUUGAUCUAAAAGAAAGUUGUGGGGAAACAGCAAAGACAGAUAACCACUGCAUCAAAGAUUUCAAGGGCCUUCCUCUUCCUGCUAUAGAAUCUUGCAGGAUGUGACUACAACAUCCAUGAUAAAUGACAUCCCAAACUCUGUUUAAAGAUCUUCCACUGAAGGAAAGUCCUUGUGUUAUGAGGUUCCUCCAGUCAUUCCACCCAUUACUUCUAACCCUGCUCUUCGAAGCAACAUACAAAUUUCCUUCAACUUCUGUGUGACAAUUCUUCAAAUAUUUGAAGACUGGUAUCAAGUCUCCUUUUGAUUAUCUGUCUUGCAGGCUAAAAGAAAGAGAAUUUUCCCUCUAAAGCCAAAGAAAACUCUGUUUAUUUACCCAAAUAGGUGCUAUUUGGAUAGUUGUUCAACACAAUGGCAAAACCAUAUGAAUUUAACUGGCAGAAGCCAGUUCCAUCCUUUCUACAAGAUGGAGCUGUUUUCGACAGAUAUGAAGAAGAAUCUUCUGUCUUUGAACCAAGCUGCCUCUUCAAAGUGGAUGAGUUUGGCUUUUUUCUAACAUGGAAAAGUGAUGGAAAGGAAGGGCAAGUUUUAGAAUGCUCCCUAAUCAACAGUAUUCGUUUUGGAGCUGUACCAAAGGAUCCAAAGAUACUGGCUGCUCUUGAAGCUGUUGGCAAAGCAGAAAAUGAACUGGAAGGACGAAUAGUUUGCGUCUGUAGUGGCACAGAUCUGGUGAAUAUCAACUUCACAUACAUGGUAGCAGAAAACAAUGAAGAAGCUAAGCAAUGGGUUGAAGGACUCCGAUCAAUCAUACAUAACUUUAGAGCAAACAAUGUCUGUCCCAUGACAUGUCUCAAGAAACACUGGAUGAAACUGGCAUUUCUAACCAACACAAAUGGCAAGAUUCCAGUUAGAAGCAUUACCAGAACGUUUGCAUCAGGGAAAACUGAAAAGGUGAUCUUCCAGGCACUUAAGGAAUUGGGUCUUCCCAGCGGAAAGAAUGAUGAAAUAGAGCCUUCAGCUUUUACUUAUGAGAAGUUUUAUGAGCUAACUCAGAAGAUAUGUCCUCGUACUGAUAUAGAGGAUCUUUUUAGGAAAAUCAAUGGAGACAAAACUGAUUAUUUAACGGUAGACCAAUUAGUGAGCUUUCUAAAUGAACACCAACGAGAUCCUCGACUGAACGAAAUUUUAUUUCCAUUCUAUGAUCCCAAAAGAGCAAUGCAGAUAGUGGAGACAUAUGAGCCAGAUGAAGAUUUAAAGAGCAAGGGUCUCAUGUCGAGUGAUGGAUUCUGUCGAUACUUGAUGUCAGAUGAGAAUGCACCUGUCUUCCUGGAUCGCUUAGAGCUAUACCAAGAAAUGGAACAUCCUUUGGCUCAUUAUUUUAUUAGCUCAUCCCACAACACGUAUCUCACAGGAAGACAGUUUGGUGGGAAGUCAUCUGUGGAGAUGUAUAGACAAGUCCUCUUAGCUGGAUGCAGAUGUGUUGAACUUGAUUGCUGGGAUGGAAAAGGUGAGGACCAAGAACCAAUAAUAACACAUGGAAAGGCUAUGUGUACGGACAUACUUUUCAAGGACGUGAUUCAAGCUAUUCGGGAAACAGCAUUUGUAACAUCUGACUAUCCUGUCAUCCUGUCAUUUGAAAACCACUGCAGCAAAUAUCAACAAUACAAAAUGUCAAAAUAUUGUGAAGACAUUUUUGGAGACCUUCUGCUGAAGCAACCAUUAGAAGGAUAUCCACUUGAAUCAGGAAGACCCUUGCCUUCCCCAAAUGACCUGAAAAGAAAGAUUCUUAUUAAAAAUAAGAGGUUGAAACCGGAAGUGGAGAAAAAACAGCUAGAAAAUUUGAAAAGUAUGAUGGAAGCUGGUGAAACUGCCGCUCCUGUCAGCAUCUUAGAAGAUGAUAAUGAAGAAGAAAUAGAAAGUGCUGACCAGGAAGAGGAAGCCCAUCCAGAGUACAAGUUUGGAAGUGAGCUCUCCGCUGAUGACUUGAGCCAAAAAGAAGUGGUGGCCAAUCAUGUGAAAAAGGCUGUGGACGAUUCUGAACAAGAAAACAAUAAAAAGGGAGUAAUAACUGCAGAGGAUGAGCAAGCAUGGAUGGCUUCUUACAAAUAUGUAGGUGCCACAACUAAUAUACAUCCAUACUUAUCAGCGUUGAUCAACUAUGCCCAACCUGUUAAAUUUCAAGGUUUCCAUGUAGCAGAAGAACGCAACAUUCACUACAACAUGUCUUCUUUUAAUGAGUCGGUUGGUCUAGGCUAUUUGAAAACACACGCAAUUGAGUUCGUGAACUAUAAUAAACGUCAAAUGAGCCGGAUUUACCCAAAGGGAGGCAGAGUGGAUUCCAGCAAUUAUAUGCCUCAAAUUUUCUGGAACGCUGGGUGCCAGAUGGUCUCUCUCAACUAUCAGACUCCAGAUUUAGCAAUGCAGUUGAAUCAGGGAAAAUUUGAAUAUAAUGGGUCAUGCGGGUUUCUUCUUAAACCAGAUUUUAUGAGGAGACCUGAUCGGACAUUUGAUCCUUUCUCUGAAACUCCUGUAGAUGGUGUAAUUGCAGCAACUUGUUCAGUACAGGUAAUAUCUGGACAGUUCUUAUCAGACAAAAAAAUUGGUACUUACGUAGAAGUGGAUAUGUAUGGCCUUCCCACCGACACUAUACGUAAAGAAUUCCGAACACGGAUGGUGAUGAACAAUGGUUUGAAUCCUGUUUACAAUGAAGAAUCAUUUGUAUUCCGAAAGGUUAUUCUACCAGAUCUUGCGGUUUUGAGAAUAGCCGUUUAUGAUGACAACAACAAACUGAUUGGCCAAAGGAUAUUACCUCUAGAUGGUCUUCAGGCAGGUUAUAGACACAUUUCUCUUCGAAAUGAAGGCAACAAACCAUUAUCUCUGCCAACAAUCUUCUGCAACAUUGUACUCAAAACAUAUGUACCAGAUGGGUUUGGAGACAUUGUGGAUGCUUUGUCAGAUCCCAAGAAAUUUUUAUCUGUCAUGGAGAAAAGAGCAGACCAGAUGAGAGCUAUGGGGAUUGAAACAAGUGAUAUAGCUGAUGUUCCAAAUGACACAUCAAAGAAUGAAAAGAAAGGCAAAGCUAAUAAUCCCAAAGCAAAUGUUACUCCUCAGACUAGCGCUGAACUUAGACCAAAUGCCACAUCAAGUGUGGGGCCAGCAGUGGAACCUAAGAAAGGUAUAGAUCUUAUUCCUCAAAUAAAGAUAGAAGAUCUGAAGCAAAUGAAGGCAUAUAUAAAGCAUUUGAAAAAACAGCAAAAAGAGUUGAAUGCUUUGAAGAAGAGACAUGUAAAGGAACACAGUGUCAUGCAAAAGUUGCACUGCACACAAGUUGACAAAAUGGUAGCGCAGUAUGACAAAGAGAAGUUAGGGUAUGAGAAAAUCCUUGAAAAAGCAAUCAAGAAAAAAGGAGGGAAUAAUUGCCUUGAGGUGAAAAAAGAAAUAGAAAAUAAAAUACAGAUGCUAACAUCUGAUCACAAAUCAAAGGUAAAAGAAAUUGUGGCACAGCACACGAAAGAGUGGUCAGAGAUGAUCAAUACACAUAGUGCCGAAGAGCAAGAAAUGCGUGAUUUGCAUCUGAGCCAGCAGUGCGAGUUACUAAAAAAGCUGCUAGUUAAUGCGCACGAACAGCAGACCCAGCAACUAAAGCUUUCCCAUGACAGAGAAAGCAAAGAAAUGCGUGCCAAUCAAGCCAAAAUUUCAAUGGAAAACAGUAAAGCCAUUAGCCAAGACAAAUCCAUCAAAAACAAAGCCGAAAGAGAGAGGCGUGUCAGAGAACUGAACAGCAGCAACACAAAGAAGUUUUUGGAAGAAAGAAAGCGGUUGGCAAUGAAGCAAUCAAAGGAAAUGGAUCAGCUAAAGAAAGUUCAACUUGAACAUCUAGAAAUUCUGGAGAAGCAAAAUGAGCAGCUUUUGAAAUCCUGUAAUGCAGUGUCUCAAAUUCAAGGCAAAGGAGAUGCAGCAGAUGGUGAAGCUCGAAGCAGAGAUGGACCGCAGGCCAGCAACAGUGGUAUAAAGCUAUAACAGGCAAACUGACAUCUGAAAAUCGGCAAUUCUUUUUUGUAUUUCUAAAGCUAGCUCACUGAAGAGUAGAAAGCCGUCUCUCUUUCAUGUAGUGUCAAGCGUAGGUGCAAAUCACUGACAAAGAGCUUGGAGUAUAUAUUUUGGUAACAUUUGAAGUACUGUGUGAAGAAGACGAAGAAGAAGAAGAAGAAGAAGAAGAAGAAGAAGAAGAAGAAGAAGAAGAAGAAGAAGAAGAAGAAGAAGAAGAGAAGGAGGAGAGGGGAGGGGUGGGGUGGGGGAGGGGAGGAGGAAAAGUAGGGGGAGGAAGAAGGGAGGAUAUUGUUUUAAAAUCCUGCUCUGGUCAGAAAAUAAUGCUCCCCUUUCAAUGAGAUAAUUUUUUUCUUUAUCCAAGUUGCAGGAGUAAUGCCAGUCUAACACAGCAGCAUUCUUUAUAGUCUUACAGUCUGCACUUGUUCAUUCCUAACUUUUAACUGAUAUUUUAUAUUAUGCUUUUGAGGGCCAAUUGUCCUGUAAUUUCCCAAAAUCACUGAGCAGUCUGUCACAAGAGCCUUUGAUAAGGGACAUGCAUUUUUUUCUUUUCUCUCUCUCUCCCCCCCCCCCCCCCCCCAGUAGCUUGUAAUACAAUCAACACCUUCACUUACUGGAACAUCAACUUUUCCUUUUGUUUCAGUGUUGUUGUUGUUUUUGGCCAUGAGGACAAUUUUCAAAUUUCACUGAAAUUCAACUGAGGCCUCCAAGAAAUGAUCACAGUGUGAAAUGUUUUCUGUCCAGAAUUCCAGUCAUCCCACUCCGUUCCUUUUCCUCUCUCCAAAUCCAUUUCUCUGUCCCUCCUUAAUAGUCAGGUGAUAAUUUCAUUAUCACCUAGAGUGAUCAGUCUUCAUUGGGCUGUUUUGCCUGAUAAAUACCCCUUAGCCAUUUUGUUUAGUUGUUGAUGUGAUUGAUCGCUUCUCCAAGCUACCUCCACAAUUCCAACCCCUGGAUCCCUCACCUUAUCCCUCAAGAUCCCUCUUUGGAUUGAGUGUCUUAAGAUGAUCCCUGAGUAGUUCAGCGGAUUCACUUGGUAUGCCUGACCAGAUUCUGUAUCAAAACUGAACAAGAACAGACACAGUUAUAAAAAAGAAUAAACAUGUGGAAGUCUUGUUAAUACAUACUUGGAUCAGUCAUAAAAUUAAUCAUUCAGCUCCCCAAAUCCUACUCAGUUCUCCCACCCUCACCCCCAAACCAGCCAGCUGACUGACUUAUCUCUAACAUAGCUUUUCCCUAUCCUAGGCUGUGUUUUCCCCAUGAGCCUUCUAUUAGAGAUAACCCUGAGCUUUAUCUCCUUUCUCCACCAUAGCCCUCCCCUUCAUAACAUUCAUUGAGUUGGCACCAUCUAGGUUUGCCCAGCAACUUCCUUCACAGUUGAGUGUUGCUGUUUUUCCUAAAGAUGCUUUUGUACUUCUGCAAAGACUGAGUUUACCUCAGGCCUGCUGAUGCCUCCAUCUCAUUGCAUGGAUGGUGCAAUUUUGUCUACUUAUGGACUGGCACAUGAAGCAUUGGGAAUGCAAUUAAGUAUAUGCAAUGUUGGGAAACUCACCUGUGCAACCAGCAGCAAGCAUGAAGUAUAAAAGCUGUGCAGGUUAUUUUGCUAUUCAGAAUAUGUCAUCAGCAUGAUCUGUAUCAAUUUCUCUGGACUGAAACUAACAUUCUGCAAAAUGCUGCUGAAAGGAUUGCCAAGGGGGCAAAAGAUUGCCCUUGUGCCAAAUCUACUUACUCUAGUUCAAGCAAACAAACAAACAAACAAAUGUGUUUUGGGCACUUUGACACAUGUUUACAUACUAUGUAAUGUUUCAUUUUGAUCCACAUGUUACCAAUCCCAAAUACUACAGCUCGUUGUAGCUUAAAAUUUCAUUAAAUAGCUGUUAGGGGCAAAGAGGGAGGGAGUUUGUAACUGUGAAAAUGUAAAGUAUUUAUACACAUGCAAUCACAAUAUUGUAGAAAAUCAUAUUUCUGUGGCAACAUUGAUAACAAUAGUCUACAAAAUUCGAUUUGCACGUGGUACAAACACCGGUUUUGAAUUCAUUGAAUACUGUAUGACCACACUGUCAUUCUCUUGCUGGUAAUUAAAUACAAAGUCAAUGUAUUAUACAGAAUAUUUGAUUAAUUAACAAAACGUAAAUAUAUAUAUAUGUGUAUAAUGUGUAUAUGAAUUAUGUGGGCAUUCCUACUACUUCAAGUUCUAGUUGAAAAAAAUGUUAAUUUAAUUUUACACUAUAUAUUUAUGCAGAUUUUCAGACUUUCAUAUCAAGAAUAACCCUUUUUAUGUCUGUUAGAUACCAAAUCAAUUUGCUACAGUAUUAAGUUGCAUGUUAUCAAGGCCUGCUAUAGUUAACAAUGCAGAACCAUGCAUGUAAGCCUUGUACUUGGAGUUGUCCGUGCUACCAACACAAAAAAGACUGUGGGACGCUGGUAGUUUAGAACAAAUCAGACAACUGAUUAUAAUAGCAUUUACUAAAAAUCAUGUUGUUGUAUAUGCUUGUACAAAUUGAUUCUACAUAUUCCUAUAAAUGAUAUUAAAUAAAGAGAUGGUUAUGUAAUGGUCCCAAGAGAUUACUUUUCAGAUUUCCAAAUAAAAACAAACAAAUUGA